AUCGAGUAUUUUCAGUCUUGAAUUCUUGCCCUAAACAUAUACACCCAACGCAGACCCAAGUCAAGAAUUGAAAAUAAAAAGAAUAUAUCCUUUUCCAUUUUGAUCUAAAAUCCCUAUUUUUCUCUUCUUCUAGAUUCAGCAAUCCCAGCAUAAUCUCCGCCUAAAUUCUCUCCAAAAUUUGGAUCCAAAAGCAUAAAGAUCUGAAUGGCAACAACACACUAAUUCGAGCUUCUUCAAUGGCAGAUACCCAGAAAGGCAAGUUGCUUUCUUUUAUUUUCAUUUUGCUUGCAAUUUCUAUAAACUACUCUAGCUCAGUUCAAAUUCAACAAGAUCAAGACGAACACCACUGUCCUUAUCAUGAACCUGAAAUUAGAACUGAAACCAACCCUCAAGAACUUUUGUUGAAUAAACUUGAACAAUUAGUGAGGAAUCUCAGUGAAGUAGUUGGUAGACUAGAAAAAAGAUUGUCCGAGUCAACAAAAAUAGUGACAGCUUCAGAUGUUUUUCUUAAUCAAGUACAGGAUAGAGUUGAUCAAAUCAAUUUGGAUGGUGAAAGGCCAGUUAUUCAAAUCCAAGAUAAGGAAAUUGAUGGUAAACCUAGAGAUGGAGAUAAGAUAAGAGCUGUUCCUGUUACUAAAUAUAGUCCAUUUUGGUCAGAGAGGUUUCAAUUUGUGUCUGCUGUGAAACUAGAUUCAGAUGCAACUUGUGUCAAUGUUUUGCCUUUCCGAGAUUUUGAAGGCUUUAUUAAGUAUGUUGCUGUUGGGGAUGAUCACGGUAGAGUUUAUAUGUUAUCGAGAAAUGGGGAUGUUCUGAUUGAUUUUUAUACCGGAUGUGAUUCUCCGGUUACUGCCAUGGUUUCAUACUUGUCUGUUUAUAAGAAUGAGAGUGUUUUGGCGACGGGUCAUCAGAAUGGUGUCGUUAUGGUGCACAAAAUUCUUGAAGCGUUGAACGGAGAGGAAUGGGGCACGUUAACCAUGGAAACUGUAGGUAGAUUUACACCCACUGACCUUAAUGAAGAAGGUUUAGCAUUAACUAUUUUAGAAGUGCAUCAUGUCGGGAGGUCAAGGUAUAUCUUGUCAACAGAUGUUGGUGGGAAGAUUCGGGUUCUUAGGGAAAAUGGAACGGUUCAUGGUUCUGUUGUGCCGACGAGUAGACCAGUUGCAUUCCUAAAGCAAAGGCUUUUAUUUUUGACUGAGAAGGGCGCAGGGUCGUUGGAUUUAAGGAGCAUGAAAGUUAGGGAAUCCGAAUGCGAAGGACUGAACCAUACUCUUGUUCGGAAUUACGCUUUUGAUGCUACUGAACGGUCUAAAGCCUACGGUUAUACAUCGGAGGGUGAUUUAAUUCAUGUAAUGUUGUUGGGAGAUAUAAUGAACUUCAAAUGCAGAGUUAGAUCCAAGAGAAAGGUUGACAUGGAUGAACCUAUCGUAUUUCAAGCAAUUAAGGGGUAUUUGCUUGCCAUCAAUGCAGAGAAAGUUUUCGCAUAUAAUGUUUCCACUCAACACUACGUUAGAGUAGGCGGCCCUCGGCUUCUUUUCUCUACCGGUAUAAAUGAGAUAAGAUCGUCAUUUCUAAAUUAUCAAGCUAUUGAUACACUACCUGUAAGGAAAAGGGUGCUAGUACCCUUAAUAGCUAGUGACCGUGAAAAGUUUGUGGUUCUUGGUCUCGGGAGUGGUUACGUCGGAAUGUACCGCUCGAAUCUUCCGGUAUCUAAAGGAGAAUUCAGUACAAUGAUGUGGACUAGUCCUGUGUUGUUCUUUAUAUUAUUUCUUUUCGGAGCGUGGCAGUUCUUUGCAAAGAAGAAGGAAGCACUUACAUCAUGGGGACCUGAUGAUCCCUUCAGCUCAGCAUCUGCAACAACUGGUGGAGCUCCUCCGGUAGGAUCAAGCUCUACGGACCGAUCAUUUGUUGAUUCUUCUUCGAGAAGAGAUGAUCACAUGGACUUAAGAUCCGGUGGUUUGAGAGGUUCGACGAGGAGGUAUGUUUCUCCUUCGAGGUAUCAAGGAGGAGCAAGCGGGUCCUUCAGGCCGAGCUCUGCAGAUGCUAAUCCUAGACCACCUGCUUCUAUUGAUUCUAAUUAUCGACCACCUUCUGAGAUAAAAUACAGGGGUUCGAAUUUGGAACCAGCAGGUUUCACUAAAAGAAGAGAGAAUCUGUACGGAAACAAUCAAGCUGUUGAUGAUAGCAGUUAAGUUAUGUGCAGCUACUUUGAUCAUUUUAACUUGCAUGAAAAUGAAUCAUUAAUAAAAUUCUUGCAUCUAGGCAUAUUGUUGUACUGUGACAAAUAUGAGUCAUAUGCUUUUCAAAACUUUCAAGUUUUUUUUU